AUGGCACACCCUGCUUCUUGCAAACAGCCCACACUCACAGUCUCCUCUGAAAAAUAUGCAAAGCUUGUCUACGAAUCAACACAACAACUCCAUCAAUCCCUUCAACCCGUCUUGUCGGCAUUGAAUCGACGCGCCAUUGGAUUCGCAAAGUGCGUCAACUAUGAAUCGGCUUUUCGUGAUGCCCACCUCAUACAACAACUCUCACCUUCUACAGCACUUGGAUACUUGUGUGAAGCUACUAUUUACAGCGAACAAGGGAAACAGUAUCAGGUGAUUGAUAUUUGCAACAAAGGACUCAGCAAGGUUGACACCAGCGACUCGCACUAUGCCACACUACUUCAAGCCAAGAUUGAUGCUAAGCAACAGCAGGACACAUGCGUUGACUUUAUCAGCCAAUUACCAAAAGACAUUGUCAUUACAACACUCAUUCCUAUGAUUGUGAAAGAUAAUCUCAUGCCAUGCCCAUAUGUGCAAGUGGCUGAUGUAUGGAGCGAUCGUAUCAUUGAAUGCUUUAAGGGGUUACGUUUCGAGGUGGAUGAAGAUGAUGAUGACAUGUCCGAUGUUAUUCAGUUUGCUGAGCACACCACGUCGUUGCAUGUUUCUGAGUAUUCGGAAGGGACCUGGCUAGGUGACUUAAUUAGCGACAAUCCCUUUUCAUCACUACAGAAGAUAACCGUUGCUGAAUUCACAAGCGACGACAUUGAUCACUUCGUCUCAUCCUUGCAAAACGUUAGCAGCACGUUGACCGCUCUGGAAUUGAAUAUGAUGGAUGGACCUGAGCUACGCCCAACCGAUAUUUUGAUGGUUUGUCCCAAUCUGAUUUCGCUCGAGAUAACUGGACCACUGGAUGGCAAUAUCAACUCUCAGAGAAUGACAACAUGGCCCGCUUUGACGACGUUAUAUCUUAUGGGUACACGCAAUCGCAUUACCUGUGAUCAGAUAAUCAACAUGUGGAAGCAAUUUCCAGCACUCAAGGAGCUUACACUUUCACCAUGCACCGACAUUCAACCCACACUUAUUGUCUCGGAGCAUUGCCCAUCAAUGAAUUGUCUUGAGCUCUGGAAUGAUGAUUCCGAUAUUACGCUUACGUUUUCGGAUGAAGGAAACCAUGGACAUGGGAUCACAAAGAUCAUCAUUGGGGUAAGCCAAUUCGAUGAUGAUACUUGCAAGGACACCACCUCAAUCAUAAAGCAGCACCACGACACGCUUGAGCACCUUCGAUGGGAGAUGGAUACAAGUUGGGAUACUGAGACCAUUGACAACAUACAAUUCCCUCGUCUCAAGGUUCUUCGUAUUGGUUUUCCUGGAUGGCAGAUACCACGCAAUGCGCCUAUGCUUGAAGAGUUCAGGUUGUCAUCGAGGACCAUUCGUACACACCCUGCGGUACUUGACAUGAUACCACCACGCUUGACAAAGCUCGAGUUAGCACUCCAUUAUCAUGCUUCGAUGGUAGACCCUGUGGACCCACCAGUGAUCGUACGCUAUCUUAAUAGCAUCGCUCAACAACGCCGGCUAAAAGAGCUUGUGAUCCAUUUCAAUAACGGGCAGCAAAACAUUAUCGACAUGCUUGAUGCAAUUUACAAUCAUCAUCACCUUGAAUGCCUAAAGAUCGGUUUUACGGUGGAUUUGGGGACCUAUGAAAUGGAGCGAUUUUUGGACGGGCUUGUCAAAUCGUGCCCUCGUUUGGCCCGCCUGGAACUCGAAUGCGUAAGGGCACCAUCGAUCCAUGCCAUCAAUGCCCUUAAGAAGCUUGAACAUUUAACGCAUCUUAGACUGCCCUUCUUUGGGAUGGAUAAUGCUGACAAGUUUUGGUAUGCAAUUCAGACCCUUACACCGCUCAAGUACAUUUCAAUAGACCAUGCUGCUAAUGUCAAGAAACAACAUGUAAAGCACCUCAAGCAGCAUAGGCCAGACAUCAAGAUCAACCUUGAGAUGUUUACCGUUUUGCUUUCGCCAUUUAAAGACAUAGCUUAA